CAAUCGUCUGUCGUCCUCGAGUUCAAUUUCGAGGCUGCCCAAACUCAUUUCGGGUGCUCUCUGCCUUUGUUGGGUGUAACAUUCAGCGUCCGAGAGUAUGUUUAGAAGGAGGGAGAGUAGUAGCAGAAAUGAAAGGACCAGACCAAGGCUGAAAACAAGAGAUAGCCAAAGGAAAGUGCAAUCAACGUGCCUUCGACGUAAACCAGGAAACAAAACCCAUGAGCUAUUUUCAAUGAACGGGCAAUGUUGACGUCUGGGCCUGAUUAGCCUUGGAUUUAGCUGCCCGACUCGAGGCCAUCUCCUCCCUCCCGCAAAUAUCACAUCACUGUCCGCAAUUAUCGGUGCUAUCUAAGUCGUCAAACCCACAGUGUGUAAAUAGGCAUCGGUAUUGAUAAGAAGCUAGCCGUUUUACGAGCUUCUACGAGUUCAGUUUCUCUCGAUCAAGAGUGUUCAGUGUCGUCUGUCAAAAGGGACUCGUGAAUCGUGCGUUCGUGAUAGCUUCUCUGGCCUUUUUGGUGACCGAAAACCAGUGUCGUUGAGCCAAUGUAAGAAUGUCUAGGAGAUAAGCGGGGAAAAUCGGACGCUUAUUUGACGAAGGUUUUUUUGGUGAAUGAUGACAAAAGGGAUUUACGGAUUCCAGUCACGUGUGCCACAACUACUAUUGCAAAGAAUUUUCCUUGGAAGUGGUGUCUUGCUUCUUGUUAUUUGACAGACGCGAUGAAUCGCGGACACAACGUCAUACCGGAUAAGAUACCACUGCUUGGUUGAGUUCACUCACUUCUUCACUCUACAUCAUAGCCAUGGGAUGUGGCUUCAGUAGUGCCUUAAAAUCUGCGCACAAAAAACGAACCGAAGAGACCUCCAAAACAGGCACAAAUGAUCAACCCGUCAGUGAGACCACCAAGUUCCCAGACCGCCGAGAGUCUCUAGCUGAAACGGGAGAAGGGAACGGCGAGCUCAAAACUGCCUUCAAGACGUUUCAUAAUCGAAUAGCAGAAGGAGGAUGCGUUCAGUCCCUUGGAGAGGCCUCCUCCAGUCAGGUCAACUUCUUCAAGAUGUUGGAUGACAAGAUCGAAAAUGGAAUUGAAUUUGAUCCAAUUGCUGAUGAAGAGGAAUCUCGGAGGGAGUUUCUCCAGAGCGUCGAGGAGUGGGAUCAAAUUAUUGGCAAAAAUAUGGAUGCAUCCAUGCGCACCAACUCCUCGCUGGUCCCUUCAUCAAGUUUGGACGAAAAUGGACAAGACUCUGAUGGAACCUUCAUCCAAAUGUCUGUGAACGAGUCAAUGAAUUCCAACCCCACUGUGAUACAACAACAAUCUUCAUCAUCUCCUUUGGAAAAUGCCACCAAACGCGUCUCAAGCGUCGAUUCAAUGCGUACCAUGUUUAGCAAUAGUGCCGGAUCGUCAUCGUCAUCGUCAGUACCAUGUGAUCCCGUGCUAAGUCUGGGAAACUCGUCUUCUUCCAACAAUCGAACUAUUGGUGGAAAAGACGAGCGUUCCAACCGACCCAAAUCUGACCACGGGCGAUCACCCAGCUCUGCCAAAAGCCUCCACUCCUCUGAUGAUCUAAGUCAUUCAAAUCGGUCCAUUUGUCUUAAUAACGUGCUGCAAGAGUCAUGAUUGCCAUUGUUUCUCCACUCGUUCGCUAAUUUUCUCCAUACCAUAAAUUCCCUCUGUCUUCUAAUUACAUUUCGUUUUCGUCGCAUCAAUGCCAGGCCUAUUGUAGGCUAUCUAUUACAUACAUUCAUGCAUACACAUGACUCUAUAUACAAACAUGCAUCUAGAAGGUACUAUUCCAAGAUUACAACACAUCUGCUUUGUGAUAUGAAUAAUACAGAUCGCUACUUUUCCGUCA